AUGCAAAAGGCAAUGAAAAGCGCAGAAUAUAUAAAAGCUAACAAUGACUGGUUAGAUGCCCAAGCCAACGCCAAAGCAGCCCAACUUAUAGGGUCAAUAAGGACAAAAAUACAAGCGGAUGAAGACAGUUCAAAUGAAGCUUUAAUGAAUGCUGACUUUAAGAACGCCUUCGAAGCUCUUCAUAGUAAGGUGAAACUAGUGAACGACUUCUCAUCUGGAAAGAAACUGAAGUCUGAAGGUUUCGACAAAGAGUUAAGAGAAGUAGCACAAAAUAUGACGAAAAUAACAGAUGCAGCAACGAGACAGGCAGUUCAAAGUGCCUAUGACGCCGUUAGAGCAACUGUUGUGGAAAGUCAAGAAAAAGAGUUACAACAGACCAAAACAGACCUAGUAAAUGCUUUCUUAAAAACGAAAAGUCAGGUAGGACAUUAUGCUGCAGAUGGAACAUAUGUGCCAGCUGGUGGAACUUAUAUACCAGCUGGUGGAACUUAUAUACUAGCUAGUGGAACUUAUAUACCACCAAACCCUCCAAGAGAAGCACCUGCACCAGGACUACCUAAAACAUUUACAUCGUCACAUGGACACAGACACAGGCAUGCACCAAAACCAACACAACAACCAACACAACAACCAACAGUUCAAAACACUGCACCACAACCAACAGUUCAAAACACUGCACCACAACCAACAGUUCAAAACACUGCACCACAACCAACAGUUCAAAACACUACACCACAACCAACAGUUCAAAACACUGCACCACAACAACCACAAACAGAGCAAGGACAUAAAAGAAGUAGAGAACAAGGAAACCAAGAAUUCUUAAAAAUGCUUAAGGAAAAUUAUGGUUACCCAGAUACUCUUGACUUUAGUGACAGAUAUAAAGAAGCUAUUAGAAAGUUCAAGGAAGGAAAUACUGACCCGAACCUAUUUAGCUUUAUGGUUCAGCACCAAAUGGGAUAUAAUUUCAAACCUGGAAAAUACAAGCUCGCUAAGGGAUAUGAUUUAAUAGCAUAUCAUCCAAAUGACAUGACUGAAUUUACUCCGAGAUAUUUGGUGUCAGAGCUAAAUGAUAAUUCAACUCUCUUCAUGAAACGCGUAAAAAAUAGAGACGGAACGAAAGAAGAAAGGUUUAUGAGUCCGGAUGACUUAGAUAGGGAACUUUUUAAAAACGGUCUCGGAAUAU